AUGGAUCCUUCACAGCGCGUCGUCAUCAUUGGGGCCGGCAUAGUCGGUACUAACAUCGCUGAUGAGCUGGUCUCGCGGGGGUGGACCAACAUCACCGUGGUUGAACAGGGGCCGCUGGCCAUGCCGGGUGGCUCAACAUCACACGCCCCCGGUCUCGUAUUUCAGACCACUGGUUCUAAGACCAUGAGCUCCUUUGCAAAAUACACGGUACAAAAGCUGCUCUCAAUAGAAUGCUUCAAUCAGGUUGGCGGCCUCGAGGUGGCAGAAACACCAGACAGGCUCGAGGAGCUCAAGAGGAAACAUGGUUAUGCCUCCUCUUGGGGUAUCGAGGCGCAUCUGCUCACCGCCGACGAGGUCAAGAAGAUCUACCCCCUUAUCAGCACAGACGUGGUCCUUGGCGGCCUGCACAUCCCGACCGAUGGCCUGGCAUUGGCCGCUCGCGCAGUUCAAGUGCUUAUCGAGCGCACCCGGAAAGCCGGUGUCCGUUAUCUUGAGCACACCCCGGUCACGGGCAUCGCGCAAAGCCAGGGCCGAGUCACGGGCGUCGAGACGAAGAACGGCACUAUUCCCGCGGACCUCGUCCUCGCAUGUGCUGGAUUGUGGGGUGUCGAGAUCGGUGCCAUGAUCGGCUUGCCGAUUCCACUGCUGCCUGUCGGCCAUCAGUACGCAAAGACGACCCCCGUGCCAGCGCAGAAGGGCAAGAAGCUUGAGGUGAACGGCGCUCAACUGCCCAUCCUCCGCCACCAAGAUCGCGAUCUUUACUACCGCGAACAUGGUGAACAGUAUGGAAUUGGUUUUUACGGUCACCGUCCCCUUCCAGUGGUCGCUGCCCAGCUCGGUGAGACACCUGAGCAUGUCGAUGAGCAUAACAUGCCGUCGCGCCUAGACUUUACCCCCGAUGAUUUCAAGCCGGCAUGGGAACUCACCAAGAAGCUCCUCCCUGCCCUUGCCGAGAGCGAGAUUGAGUACGGCUUCAACGGCAUCAUGUCUUUCACCCCGGACGGUGGUCCUCUCGUCGGCAGAGCACCAAAUCUGGAAGGAUUCUUCGUUGCAGAAGCUGUCUGGGUGACACAUUCCGCCGGCGUCGCUCGCGCGGUAGCCCAGCUUCUCACCACCGGGAAGUCCGAGGUUGAUCUGGGGGAGUGCGACAUAUCACGCUUUGAACAGAUUCAACUCGCGCCUGAGUAUGUCAAGGAGGUCUCUACACAGAACUUUGUCGAGGUCUACGACAUCUUGCAUCCUCUUCAGCCGCGGGAAUCACCGCGCAACCUCCGCGUUAGCCCGUUCCACUCCCGCCAAAAGGACCUUGGUGCUUACUUCCUUGAGACGGGAGGAUGGGAGCGCCCGCAGUGGUUUGAGGCGAACGCGGGACUUGUUAGCCAGUUGCCUGAGAACUGGAAGCCUAAGAAGCGCGAUCCUUGGUCGGCGAGGUACUACUCCGACAUUGCUGCCGCGGAAGCCUGGAAGACGCGGACGGCAGCGGCAAUGUACGACCUCACGCCGAUCCGCCGGUUAGAAGUUUCUGGACCCGGAUCAGCCAAGCUUCUCCAGCGGCUGACCACGAGCAAUGUCGACACGAAGCCGGGCAAUGUCACAUUUACACUUCUUCUUGACAAUGACGGCGGUGUACUCAGCGACAUCUUCGUAGCCAGACUUCGCGACGACUUAUUCCAGCUUGCCGUCAACGGCCCCACCGAUCUCGCGUACUUGGAACGGGAGGCUCGUAUCCAGGUCAAGGCAUCGCCGGCACAGUUUGUCCAGGUCCGUGAGACCACCGGAGGUACCAGUGGCAUUGGUCUGUGGGGACCCCGGGCCGCCGACAUUGUCGCUGGUAUCAGCUCGGACAACCUCAAAGACAUGCCUCAAUCGCAAGUCAAGACUGCAAUCAUCGCUGGUCUCCCAGUCACAGUCGUGAGCCUGUCGUUUGUUGGUGAAACUGGCUGGGAAAUUUACACCAGCGCAGAGAAUGGUCUGCGUCUGUGGGAUACUCUCUGGAAGGCGGGUCAGCCGCAUGGAGUUAUCGCCGCAGGUCGCAGCGCUUUCGGUGCCCUGCGCCUGGAGACGGGAUUCAGGACGUACGGCACCGAUGUCACUACCGAGAACAACCCCUUUGAGGCCGGUCUUGACUUUGCCGUUGAUUCCAGCAAAGAAGGCUACGUCGGUCAUGCCGCCAUCAAACGCCUCGCCAACACCAAUAUCACCAAGCGACUCCGCUGUCUUACAAUCAACGACGGGAGCUCCGUUGUUCUCGGAAAAGAGCCCGUGUUCCUCAAUGGCAAAGCCGUCGGUUAUAUCACGAAUGCUGCCUUUGGCUACACCAUCGGGAAACCUAUUGCCUAUACAUAUCUACCCAAUAGUGUGAAAGAGGGCGAUGUUGUGGAGAUUGAGUAUUUUGGAAGGAGAAUUGAGGCAACCGUGAUGGCGGAACCAUUGCGCAAGGCGCAAGUGACUGAAAUGACGGCUACUUCAUCACCAAAGAGGGUUGUUUUUAAGUCGAAGUUGUAA